AUGGCUAGAAAAAUCGCAUACUUGACUGCCUUAGCCUCAGUUGCUCUUCUUGGUUUAGCGUUAUCAUCAACCAAUGCUGCACCGGCUGCAUCAAUUAAUAAACGUGGAGACAGUAAUGGUAAUGGAAAUGGCAAUGGCAAUAUCGGAGGUGGCAAUGGAAACCUCAAUGGAAAUUACAACUUUGGUUCAUUUAAUGGAAAUUAUAAUGGAAACCAAAAUUUUGGUAACAAAAAUGGAAACGCUAACGGAAACCAAAACAAGGGAGACAGCAAUGGCAAUGCCAAUGGAAACAAAAACUUUGGUGAUUUGAACGGUGUUGCGAAUGGAAAUAAAAAUAACGGCUCAGAAAACGGAAAUCUAAAUGGAAAUGAAAAUAAUGGAACUGCCAAUGGACAAUCUAACGGCAAUGAGAACAAUGGAACUGCCAAUGGUAAUGCGAAUGGCAAUAAUAACAAAGGUAACCAGAAUGGCUACCUCGUUGGAAAUGGAAACAAUGGUGAUUAUAACGGUUUAUUCAACGGAAAUGCCAACAACGGAACUGGCAAUGGUCAAGACAUUGGAAAUCACAACAACGGAACUAGCAACGGACAAUUCAACGGAAAUGGAAAUAAUGGUGAUAAUAACGGACAAAUAGUUGGAAAUAGCAACAAUGGAACUGCCAAUGGACAAUUCAAUGGAAAUGCCAACAAUGGAACUGGCAAUGGAAGAGUCAACGGAAAUAACAAUAACGGAACUGAGAAUGGAAGUUACAACGGUAAUCUAAAUAAUGGAAAUACCAAUGGAGUCGGUAAUGGAAAUGUCAACAAUGGUACUGCCAAUGGAAUUUUCAACGGGAAUUCCAAUAACGGAACUGACAAUGGAAAGUUCAACGGUAAUGUCAACAAUGGAAAUUCCAAUGGAGUCGGUAAUGGAAAUGUCAACAAUGGUGACGACAAUGGAAGUUUCGGCGGUAAUGUCAACAAUGGAGAUCUCAAUGGAAGUUUCAACGGUAAUAACAACAAUGGUACUUCCAAUGGAAAGUCCAACGGUAAUGUAAACAAUGGAACUGCCAAUGGAAGUCUCAACGGUAAUAACAACAAUGGUACUUCCAAUGGAAAUCUCAACGGUAAUGUCAAUAAUGGAGACGCAAACGGUGCCGGAAAUGGCAACCUUAAUCUUGGAGAUCAUAACGGUGAAUCCAACGGUAAUACUAAUAAUGGAAGUCUCAACGGUGCCGGUAAUGGAAAUUUCAACAAUGGAACUGCCAAUGGUAACUCGAAUGGAAAUACCAACAAUGGAUCUGGCAAUGGAAGUAUCAACGGUAAUUCCAACAAUGGUACCGCCAAUGGAAAUUCCAACGGCAUUCUCAAUAAUGGAGAUCUUAAUGGAGUCGGUAAUGGAAACUCCAACAAUGGAACUGGUAAUGGAAAUACCAACGGUCUUCUCAACAAUGGAGAUCUCAAUGGAAGUUUCAACGGUAAUGCCAACAAUGGUACCGCUAAUGGAAAUAACAACGGUUUGCUCAACAAUGGAACUGCCAAUGGCAAUCUCAACGGUAAUGGCAAUAACGGAGACGCCAAUGGAAAUACCAACGGUCUUCUCAACAAUGGAUCUGACAAUGGAAGUCUCAACGGUAAUAAAAAUAACGGAACUUCCAAUGGAAAUUCCAACGGUAGAUUCAAUAAUGGAGACGCAAACGGUGUCGGAAAUGGCAACACUAAUCUUGGCGACCAUAACGGUGAAACCAACGGUAAUAGUAAUAUUGGACAUCUCAAUGGUGGCGGUAAUGGAAAUGCCAACAAUGGAACUUACAAUGGUGUCGGUAAUGGAAAUUCCAACAAUGGAACUGCCAAUGGAAUUCUUAACGGUAAUGCCAACAAUGGUACUGCCAAUGGUAUUCUAAACGGAAAUAAUAAUAACGGUACCCUCAAUGGAAACACUAAUGGAAAUUCUAACGCCGGUGAUCUUAAUGGAGCCGCCAAUGGAAACAGUAAUGCUGGACAUAAGAAUGGUAACAAAAAUGGAAAUGCUAAUGUUGGUCAUGCAAACGGACAAGAAAACGGUAAUUCUAAUGUCGGAAACAAAAACGGAAGCAAAAAUGGAAAUGCUAAUGUUGGUCAUGCAAACGGACAAAAAAAUGGUAAUUCUAAUAUUGGAAACAAAAACGGAGGCAAAAAUGGCAAUGCUAACAAAGGAAGUGGCAACGGAUCAACGAAUGGCAAUGCUAACAAAGGCAACAAAAAUGGAUCAAAGAAUGGCAAUGUUAACAUUGGAGAUCAAAAUGGAAACCUCAACGGUAAUCUAAACUCUGGGAAAAUUAUUAAUGUCACGCAGAUUGUGCGUGUGUACGGGCGUACAGGUUUUCAUUGA